GAAGAGACAUAUUGUAGGUUAUGCACUAAACAGGAUACAUUAGUUUGAGCAAGUCAGCAAGUGAACAGAUUCACAGUCUUGUAUUGGCACUCAAGAGGCCUCUACGAACCAUUUUUGUUUUAUUCACUGAAAUGAACUGAAUAUUGUGGAAUCUGUUAUUUUCAUACUGAUGAUAGCGACGGGAUGAUGUUUGCACUUAUUUUGAUGUUGUCCAUUUUUGAAGCUGACGGAACCAAUCGAGUGACCACAACGUGCACAGCUGAGGCUUGCCUUACGUUGCAUUUAGAGGAGGAACAUUUUGAAAAGGCACAUCGAAACUGUACCAACAAAGGCGGCAAUUUGGUCACGAUGAGAGAUCACAACGAAUUAGUUAAUGUCAAAUCAGCCCUUUUAGCAACAGGAGAACCAUCCGUCCUAAACUCUAAAAUUUGGAUAGGACUUGCGUUGGAUAAAGGACAAUGUACUAAGUUCAACGAGGAGUUGCAUGGCUUCAGAUGGACGUCCGAGCCAGCAGAUUCCAAAAAAUCCAGAUGGAAAAAGAAACCUUUACGCACGUGCACGGAGAAAAGGUGCGUGUCCGUUUCGUUAGUGGAUGAUCUGAAAUGGUCGGACGGCUCGUGUAAGGAUGGCGCCUUUUAUAUGUGCAAAUUUCUUUUCAAAGGCACGUGCAAACCCAUAAUGUUGGACGACCUUGGUGAUGUCAGUUACGAACUUCCAUUUUUAUCUAAACCACUUACUCAAAAUGAUGGGUUGGCAAUGUUACCGCAUGGAACAUUUGCUGAAAUAAGGUGUCGUGGGUCAGAGGAUAUUGCUCCAUUUUUUUCAGUGUGUAAUAACAAUAUGGGUUCCUUUGGCUGGACAAAUUCAGACCGAUUUUGCGCGCGAGAUAGAAGUUGCGAACACAAAAACGGAGGUUGCGAUCACAUUUGUUCAGAAACUUCUGGGUCAGGUAUCAGUUGUGCAUGUCGUGAAGGUUAUUACCUGAGGGAUGAUAAAGUUAGUUGUGCUAUCAGAGACAACUGCGAAAAUUCACCGUGUGAAUCAACGUGCGUAUCGAGACCAACUGGUUUUUCAUGCGCGUGUCCGGAUGGAUUUCAGUUGGACGAUGACAACAUCAGCUGCGUUGAUAUCGACGAAUGCCGUCAACGUAUCUGUGGUGAACACGGGUGUCACAACAGUCCGGGAAGCUAUUUUUGUGAGUGUAAACCUGGUUUCAAACUUUCUGAAGGAAAAUGUGAAGAUGUGGACGAAUGCACAGAAUCAAGAUGUGAACAGGGCUGUCUCAAUUCACAAGGUUCGUUUUCUUGUUACUGUUACGCAGGUUUCAGCUCUUCAUCAGACAAGGGUGGGGCAUGUAAAGAUAUUGAUGAAUGUCUUAAUAAGCCGUGUGAAGACACUUGCCUCAACACUUUAGGUAGUUAUAAGUGCUCUUGCGCCCAAAACUUUACUUUAGCUAAAAAUGGCAUUAGCUGCAUUCCGAAUCCUACAGAGAGACCACAAAACACCCCUACAUCUCAAGAAAAUGACAAAGAAACACCAAUAACAAACUUGAGUCAGUUACCUAACGGGUAUGGACCUACAGCAGGCAGUCCUCUUUCACCUAACAAAAAUAGUAAAACAGACUCAGUCAAACGCACAGAAAGUUUCCUCGCCAGUUCGUGGUUUUUGCUGUGUGUGGUGGGUUCAGCUGUUGCAUUGUUUAUGCUUGUUGGCAUCACGUCCGUCCUUCUCAUUUACCGAUGGAAACGUUCAAGAAAGACCACCAAGAAAAAUGCCACUGCUGAUAACUAUUGCUGGGUUUCAUCUGGAUUAGGCAAUGUAGAAAAAAACCAACACUGAUUUUUUUUUUUUGCUUUGUGGAAAUUACAUUUGAAUAUAAAUGUUUUUAGCUUACAUGUAAAUAUAACACAUUUUGUCAGCAUUAUAAAACGUGGAUGAUUUUAUUGUUUUAGUUAAUUACUUAUUUUUUUAAAGUCUUUUGUUGUCCUCAAAACUAAAAUCCCAAUGUUAUCAUGUUUUGUAAUAUUUGUCAAAUUAACAAAAAAAAAAAACAGUACAACGCUCUGAUACAUUAUGAUAAAUAAGGAAGGGUUGAAUGGAAAGGUUGUAAAUAUUUGGUAAGUCUGUGUCAUGUGUUUUAUAUUAAUUAAAAUUUCUAAUGACCAAAUUGAUUAUAUAUAUUGUAUACCUUUUAAAGAUGUCAAUGUUAUAAUUGGGUUUUACAUACUUUUAUGUAGAAAACAGUAAAUCACAGAAACUUACUUUAACUGUGUUUUCAAAGACUAUAUUUCCACUAUUUCCACAAGUUAAUACUGCACUAUUAUUUAGGCAUUAUUUAAUGUUAAAAUAAAUGAAAGGGACAACACAAGUUGUGUUAAAAACAGUGACGGGAGUAAGGGUUACAAAGUAAUUCCGUUACUAAUUCCACUACUUUUAGCGGUAAUAACGAAGUGUUUUUUUUAAUCAAGUAAGGCAGUUACAAUUACUGAAAUUUAAAUGAGUUGGUUUCGUGUUAAUAUUUUGUGGUAUUAAACACAUUUAAUGUGUUGUCCCUGAACUAACACACCUUCUCUGUUAUUAUUCAUUGUGCCGCCCACCACGGCCCUGCGACAUUAGAUCAGAAAUGUCUUGUCUGCAAGUGUUCAUUUAUCACAAAAUAGAGUAACACGUAUAACCAACUCAUUUAAAUUUCAGUAAUUGUAACUGCGUUACUUGAUUGAAAAAAAUACUUCGUUACAUGUUUAUUACCGCUAAAAGUAGUGGAAUUACAGUAACGGAAUUACUUUGUAACCCUUACUCCCGUCACUGUUUUAACACAACUUGUGUUGUCCCUUUCAUUUAUCUUAACAUGAAAUAACGCCUUAAAUGGCAUGACACACACAAUGUGUAAAAAUGUCAAUGUGUCAUUUUUGCAGUGUGCAUGUAUGGAUAAUCUACACUGUAAAAAAUCCGUAGAAAUUACAGUGUUAUUGGCAGCUGGUUACCGGUAACUUAUCGAUUUAAAUUUAUGUUAUUUACUGGCAACAUUUUGUUCAAAGUUAAAUGAACAUUAAACAUUAACAAGUCUUGUCUUUACAGAGUGGCAUCUGGCAAUUGCAGCUCUUACCGUGGAUUAAAAUUUAUGUUAUUUACUGGCAAGAGUUUAUUCAAAGUUAAAUAAAUAGUCUUUAUCUUUACAGAAUAAAACUAUACAAUAACAGCACAAAGCAAAGCAUUCUGGGAAACAAAAUCUGAAGCAAAAACAGAAAAAGGUUGAUGAUGAUUUCUGGUUUCCAGAAUGCUUUGCAUGAGGCUGUUAUUGUAUAGUUUUAUUCUGUAAAGAUAAAGACUAUUUAUUUAACUUUGAAUAAACUCUUGCCAGUAAAUAACAUACAUUUUAAUGGUAAGAGCUGCAAUUGCCAGAUGCCACUGUAAUUUCUACGGAUUUUUUUACAGUGUAAUUAAUAUUGAAUUGUUCUUCUAAAGUCAUGUAGACGGUAGACCCUUUGAUUUUUACAACUAAAUAUACAAGUGAUUGUGUAAAUACAGCCUGCUUCUAUAAAAUAUAAUGCCCAUUCAAUGUCAAAAUGUUUUUGUAAAUUGUAUUUCUGAUCUUUAUGUCAUUAAUAAAUUAUUGAAAAUAA